CACCAAGUAGAGUAUAUUACCACAUCUGACAUUGAACUAAGAACUAAGUCGGUAGCUCUUGCUCCGUUAUUAUUUUUCAAUUAGAUAAAUCUGAUGGUCAGUUUUAGGCAUGUUUAGCCUUGACUGAGGUCUACAUGCCCUUUUUUGCUUAUUAGUUCCUCGUAGUUUGGCCGCUGUACUCUUGUAGACAUUGAUAUCGUCCACUGGAUAAGAUGCAACAAAGCUUUGAUAUUGUAUGUUUCAUCUAUAUCAUCUCCACAUUUGUCUUGGUUCUUGUUGCCCGCGGUAAGCACAGCACUCAUCAAUGUUCGUCCUUGACUCGGCUCAGCUACAGCCCCAAGAGAUCAGCCCCCCUCCCACCGCCAAUCUGGACCGCUCCAACGACAAGGUAUACGAAAACGUGACCGGAUUGGUGAAAGCUGUGAUCGAGAUGUCGAGCAAGAUUCAGCCAGCUCCUCCCGAGGAGUACGUUCCCAUGGUCAAGGAUGUGGGCCUUGCAUUGAGGACUUUGUUGGCCACAGUGGACGAGACCCUACCGCAACUUCCAGCCAGCACACACAGAGAGAUCGAGAUGGCGCAAAAGCUUUUGAACUCUGACUUGGCGGAACUGAUUGGAAAAAUGAAGUUAGCUCAGCAGUAUGUGAUGACGAGGUAACACCACACAGCACAAUCAAGAGUAUGUAAUCCAAAAUGACACAAAGGAGGGCCACGCUGAAAAGAAAAAAAAAAAGUUGUAAAAUUCAGAGUAAGGCAAAAUGAAUGAACAAAAAAAAGGCCUUCAAAAGAAGAAAUAUUUAAACGAUUGAAUGUCAAAGGUCAACACACUGAAAGUAGUCACCAACUUCGGUCCUCGGGAGCCCCUAUCCUACAUGUUCUAGAUAUUUCCCUCAU